AUGCGGGGAAUCAUCGUGGCUGCUUUGGCCAUUGGGGUGACGAAGGCGUGGGAGUAUCCGGACUGUGAGCACGAUAACUGCUACCGGAACCUCAUUGAUAAACGUUUUGAGAAGACGGCGCCCGAAUUCUGCUUCAAAUUCCUCGCCAGCACUCACACGUCGCCCAGUGACAUUUCACCCGACUUUGGCAACUGCGAGGGAGACGUGAAGAAGGUCAGCUCUGCAUGCUCUUGCAUCACCUACACGGCAACCCACACGUCGUCCACGGUGCAGACCAGCCCUCCCGUCACCACCACCACUGGGUCGUCCACCACCCCUGGCGAGACGACGACGACGUCCAAGCCCCCCCAGCCGACCUCGACCACGUCGAGCUCGGUGACCACGCCCAUUGAGACGUCGACCACUUCCAAGCCGACUACCUCGUCCAAGCCUCCCAAGCCCACCACUACUUCAAGCUCGGAGACGACUUCGUGCGAGACUACCAGUACGUCGGUCUCGGAGACGUCCAAGCCUCCUAAGCCGACCACUUCUAGCUCGGAGACCACCUCUUGCGAGUCGACCACCACCAUCACGAAGCCCACCACUUCGUCCAAGCCUCACAAACCGACUACUACGUCGGAGACCACUUCCCUCGCGACCACUACUACUUCGAAGCCCACCACUUCGUCCAAGCCUCCCACGGAUACCACCGAGACGACCUCCUGCGAGUCGACUACCACGGUCGUGACCACCAAGACGAGGCCUCCAACCACCACACCCACCACCGCACCCACCACCACUGGCCCGUCUACCAAGCCUACGCAGUCGCCGUCGACCACGAGCUACACCACCUCCACGGUCUGCACGACCAUCACCCGCACCAUCACGUCGUGCCCGCCUUCCAAGCCGGACUGCCCUCUGCACUCGCAGACGACCGCGGUGGUCACUGAGACCAUUCCCGUGUCUACUACCGUGUGCCCUGUGACCGAGCCCGUUCCCACCACCACCACCAAGGCCACGACAACCAAGACGCGCUACACCACCCUCACUCGCACCCUGACCCAGUGCCCCCCGGGCAAGCCCGGCUGCCCAGUGCAGUCGCAGACCACCACGUGCACCACCGAGACAUUUGCCGUAUCGACCACCACAGAGCCUGUCAAGCCCACCACUACCUUCGUGAACCCGGUUAAGCCCGGUACCACCACCUUCGUCAACCCAGUCAAGCCCGGCACCACCACUUUUGUCAACCCUGUCAAGCCUGGCACAACCACCUUCGUCAACCCUGUGAACCCCACCACGCUCCCUCCGAUCGUGCCGCCUCCAGCGUCUUCUGGUUCCUUCACUACGGCGAAGCCCCCACCCUCUGUCACCUUGAGCACUUCCGUGGCUGUUGGCAUCCCCAGCCAGCCGGCUGUCAAGCCUCCCCCCGUGCCUGCCGGCGCUGGUCGCGUCAGCUUUGGCAUGGGUGCUGCUGCCGUCGCCGUCGCCAUGCUCAUCUAA